CGUGGGCGAGGCCUCGGCGGGCGCCGGCCUCCGCUGCCCGGGAGGGAGGCGGAGACGGCGGCGGCGGCGGGAGGCCAUGCGGAAGGUGGUGUUGGUCACCGGGGCCAGCAGUGGCGUGGGCCUCGUGCUCUGCAAGCGGCUGCUGGAGGAGGACGACGAGCUGCACGUGUGUUUGGCAUGCAGGAACGUGAGCAAAGCGGAAGCUGUCAGCGCUGAUCUGCUGGCUUCUCACCCCGCCGCCGAGGUCAGCAUCGUGCAGGUGGAUGUCAGCAACCUGCAGUCGGUCAUCCGGGCCUCCAGCGAGCUCAAGCAAAGGUUUCAGAGAUUAGACUACGUCUAUCUGAACGCUGGGAUCAUGCCCAAUCCACAGCUGAAUAUCAAAGCACUUUUCUGUGGCCUCUUUUCAAGAAAAGUGAUUCAUAUGUUCUCCACAGCUGAAGGAUUGCUGACCCAGGAAGACAAAGUCACUGCCGAUGGCCUCCAGGAGGUCUUUGAAACCAACGUCUUUGGCCACUUUAUUCUGAUUCAGGAACUGGAACCUCUUCUCUGUCACAGGGACAGUCCCUCCCAGCUCAUCUGGACAUCGUCUCGCAAUGCAAGGAAAUCUAAUUUCCACCUUGAGGACAUCCAGCACAGCAGAGGCCAGGAGCCUUACAGCUCCUCCAAAUAUGCAGUUGACCUGCUGAGUGUGGCGCUGAACCGGAACUUCAACCCACGGGGUCUGUACUCCAGCGUGGUGUGCCCGGGUACGAUGGUGACCAACAUGACCUACGGGAUUCUCCCUCCCUUGGUGUGGACGCUGCUGCUGCCAAUCAUAUGGCUGCUUCGCUUUUUUGCAAAUGCUUUCACUUUGACGCCGUACAAUGGAACAGAAGCCCUGGUAUGGCUUUUCCACCAAAAGCCGGAGUCUCUAAAUCCUCUGACCAAAUACCUGAGUGCCACCACUGGCUUUGGAAGCAAUUAUGUAGCGACCCAGAAGAUGGACCUAGAUGAAGACACUGCUGAAAAAUUUUACCAAAACUUACUGGAACUGGAAAAGCGUGUUAGGGUCACCAUUCAAAAAACAUAAUCAGAACUGACGAUGACAGUGUCUGAAAUCUGAAACAUCGCACACCUGCUGUGCUUUCUGGGUUUUUGUGGAGUUGGAUGAUGUGCAUUUGUGGUGGACAGUGAGCUAUAAUUGUCUCUUUUCCUUCCUGUCAGGAUUAUCUCUAGGAUUACGGGUGCAUCUGUAUAUAUACAGGAGAAAAAGAUCGAUAAGUAAAAUACGACUUAGAGGUUCUCCAGAAUGGUGUCACAUCAGAGUUGUGCUAGAGUCACCCAACCAAGUGUGUGCUUAUUGGUUCUGACAACUGGAGCCCAAGCUCCACCUCAGGUAGAGGUGACCCAGGCACUCACUGGUCCUCCUUUUGGCCUGGCCCCUCUCUGAGUGGUAAUCUGAGCUUUGUUCCUUUUUUUUAUGGACAGUUUUCUUAGGUCUUAUACCUUAUUUCUUCCUCCACGGGGUGUUUCUAAAAAUCCUCAGAUUGUGGGGUGUCUGAAUAACUCUGUUAGGCGUCCGACUCUUGAUUUCCACUCAGGUCAUGAUCUCACGGUUGUGAAAUCGAGCCCUGAGUCAGGCUUUGUGCUCUGUGCAGGGUCUACUUGGGAUUCUCUCUCUCUGCCCCUCCCCCUGCUCACGUGUACUCUCACUCUCUUUCUCUCAAAUAAAUAAAUAGAAUCUUUAAAAAUCCUGAGAUUGUUAGACUCCUAACAGACCUAAUACAGAUAUCCAUGUAGUUCAUCACAGGAACAGAAGAAUAUAUAUGUUUGGGAUACUGGAAUUUUUUCUUAUUUUGAAAGUAUCUUUCAUUGAUGUUGAGGUAGUCAGUGUUAAUAUUGGGCUUGACCUUUAACACCAUUUGCAAAUGUGUUCAUUGCUGACCAACCUGUUUUUCAUGAUUGUAUUUUAAUGUAUGCAAACUUGCAGGAAAAACUAUUUACUCACAUUGUUUCAAGGAAGUUUUCCAAUCGAAUAAUUGCUGGCAGGAUAUCUGCUGGUAUCAGUAGUGGUCAGAGGUGGUUAAGACUUAGUUUGUAUGAUAUGAAGACAGGAUGCUAAAAUGCCUGAAUGUUUUUAACCCUAAAUAUAACCACUAUGCCCAGAAUAUAAGAAAGUGGGCGAAAUCUUGAACGAUUUAAUAAAAGUCAAAAGUUGCAUAGAAAUACAGUUUCUAUACAUAUUCUGUAUGAGUUUCUGGUUAUAGUUUCUCAAAUUUUGUUGCUAAAGAUAUUUUUAAUAAAGUUGAGCAUUCCGUAUGUGCAAACGGGCGGUGAGGUUGGGGAGCUGAGAGCAGCUCCAGGUUGUGCUCUUGCGAUCACUCACCCUGCAGGUUUGCGAGAAGCACUUUACUGUGAAUCCCAGGCUUCUCCUCUGUAAAGUGGAGUCCUUCUCUUUCUGCUCCUGGGUGUGGAGGAACAUUAAAUGCAAUAAUACGUGUGAAUGAAUAAAGAGCAUUUUUGAGAAUGA